GAGGGGGUGCGAGAGAAACACGGGAUUGGGACUCCCAGAUAGAUGGGGGCGCUCUCUGAAGCUGGAAGGGUGGGAGUCGGGGCCCCAGAGCGCACAGCUCCGAAUUGGCCGAGCUUAUAAAAUGCAUGCAUAAAUACGUGCACUUUCAUUGCAGCAUAUGUUCCCCUUCCUCAUCAUCCAGGCAUAUAUAUUUUUGCAUUUACUGCGGUAUGGAUUAAAUGCACACGUUUAUGUCUCUUGCAGCAUAUGAUGCAUGUUUUUGUUGUGUCUGCAUGCAUGAAUAAGUGUCAGUGAGUGUGCAUGUAUUAAUGGGUGUGUUCAGAUUUGUGCAAACCAUCACCAUGCUUUAUAUGUGCCAGCCCAGGAAUAACUGUUUUCAGUUUCCUACUAACUGCAGUCCAUUUGGGUGAGCCCAAGAGACAGGUGCCAUUAACUUUUCCAUUCUUGCACACGUACGCAGACAUGCCAUACUUCUUGUAGUACAUGACACUCUCACAACUUAGAUCUGACAACUGCAGUACAUCCCCCUCCCCGCCUCAGCUUUGCAGUGGGCACCCCCAAAACUGCAUCACAUCUCUUGCUACUUACAGUCUUAAUUCAGAGGCACCAACCACCAUACCUCCUAUGGGCAUGGUAAUUACUAGUAGUUCAAAAUAUUCCCAUAUUUGGUACUUUUAUAAAUCUUCAUAUAUAUUUUUCUUCAGGUUACUUUUUUUCCAAAGAGUGGCAACAAGUCUUCAUGGCAUGAUUGCCAGUGGAUACUGGAUCUCUGUAAAAAAAGACUUUAAGCAUAUUCGCUUUAGCAGAUGCCAUGGGGGACCUCGGCCUGGGCCGGGAGUUUCACACCUGGCACCAGUUCAGCACGUUCUUCGACGACUGGUGCGAAAAGUACAAAGUGCUCUUCAUCAUUGCCAGCCUGAAGCCACUGAUCUCACUGCGCCAGAACCCGCUGCACUAUCAACCCAGCCUCGCCGAGACACUCCGCUUCCGUUUUGUGCGUCUCAUCUGCAAGCACAGUGGGACCUAUGUGGGGCAGAGCACGGUGCAACGCAACCGCCUCAGUGAGAAGAUCGACUGCCCAGCCUCCAUCACUCUGCGCCUGGGCCCCAAGAAGGACCGCUUGGUGGUGAUUGAGGCCAACCUGGAGCACAACCACCGCCUGUCGGAGCUGGAGUUUGCCCAUCACUUCAAGCGGCACCAGCUGAGGGCCAGCCUAGGGCUGCCCAUCCGCAUCACCAACAGCAUCUCCAAGCGCUUUCUGGCACCUGACCUUAUCUGGAACCUGGAGGAUUACAGCAAAGCCAAAGACAAGGGCAUGUGCGACCUCCUAGCUGUUCUGGAUGCUCUCUUCAAGGCAGAUCCAGGGGCCAAAGUCAAACUUGUAUUCCAGGAGGAUGUGGCUGUCCUCAACAGCAUCUUCCUGGCCACAUCGCGCAUGCGCAAGCUUGUGCAACAUUUCCCAGCUCGCCUCUUCCUGGAGCGCGCUGCCUGCCUUGAUGCGGACUUUGAGCUCUACACCGUGCUUUGCCAAGAUGCCAAUGGGCGCGGGCGUGAGGUGGCCUACUGCCUGGCACGCCAGGGGCUGCCCGACCUCCUUAUAUUCAUUGUGGCUUCGCUGGUGCAGAGUGCCCCGGACAUCAAGUUGAGGGUGAAGGUGGUCACAGUAGGGGCUGGGGUGACAGGGCUGGACGCUGUGGAGGAGGUCCUGCCAUGUGCCCGGGUGCAGAUCUGCCGCCUGCAGGUUUUGGAGGCUCUCUACCGCAGAGCUUGCGAGCUGGCUGUGCCAAAGGAGGACUGGAUCCGCAACCUGUUGCUCAACCUGGCAAAUGCUGACUCGCCACGGGUCUACAGCCAGUACCUGAGCGACCUGGAAGAUGUCGCCCCGCUCUCCUUUUUGCAGUACUUCCUGGAGCACUGGCACCCUCACAAAGGCAUGUGGGUAGAGUGCUGGGCCUUUGAGAAGAACCGGGAAUGCUCCUUCCUCGACCACCUUAGCAGUCACCGCCGUAAGCUGCUGACAGCACUCACCCCUCCUAUGGUGUUGGCCACCUGCGUUCAGGGCCUGCUAGAUCUCCAAGCCCUGCAUGUGGAGACCUCGGCGUUCAACGUAGCACCUGUGGCUGAGCUGUACCACACCGCCUGCCUGCCCGACAGCGCUGAUCUGGUGGCCGAGGAACUGGACCUGGUGCCCCACGCGCACUAUGAACUCAAGGACACGCCUGAGGGCUACCUCUUGGAGGGAAGCACCUGCUCUUUCCUGGUGAGCCAGGACCUGGCCACUUGCAGCUGUUCCAUCUACAUGGCUCACCAGCUGCCCUGCCGGCACAUCUUUGCCGCACGCCUUUGGGUUGGAGAGCCUCUCUUUGACCCCUGUCUGCUUCCCACCUCACCAGAUAGGCAUCAAGACUGCACCAGCCAGGAGGAAUGCUAGCUAUGUUACCCAAGUGCCGGUCCAUUAAAGUGGCAGAACACAGUCCUGGUGACCAGUUCAGUAAUUGCCACUCUGGCACAUUCACUCUUUGGGUGAAUUUGGGUGAAAGUAAUCCAGCCUGGGGUGCUAGACAGACUACUGACCAGCUGUUGCUGGACAGAAGUCCAGUACCCAGCCAUAUGCCCAAGGUUUGGUGGGUAUCACAUGAACACUGCCACAUUCUAGGACCAAAACUAAUGGACCGAUCAUCUUAUUCAGUAGAAGGCAGCUUCCUAGUGUUCCCAGGAUGCUAGUUCAUUAUGCAAGUCAAAGCACAGCUAAAAAAAAGCCAAGUUCUGACCAUUUUCAGUGAACAGAUCUGUGUACACACUGCCUUUAAAAAAAUGUAAAAAUUGUGCACCAAGGUACAGUAGCUCAAUUUUUUUGUGUGAGGAAAGCUAAAUUCUGUAUACAUUACUUUAUGCAAUUUGCAACACAAUCCGGUGCAGAGUUACGUGAACCUAUCUACUGAAAUCAGUAGACUACAGGUGUGCCUAGCUCGGCCUAGGAUAGGGUGUUAAGCAUAUUCUAGUUUUGUUAGUUAUAAGAGGAGGCAGAGAGCGGUGGAAGUCACUGAAACAGCAGUCCUGCUCAGCUCUCCCCUAGGCUUCUUAAUUCCCCCGCCUCAAAUAUGUCCACUGAACCUGGAUUUUAUGUCUCGUAUUAUUUCUCCUAGUAGCCAAAUGCACAGAGCCCUAGGAAUAAGCAAUGUAUCUAAAUGGAUGGAUGUAUACCAUGCUAUCUGACUAUCUGAUCUAAUAAAUUCACUCAUUUAUUUAUU